AUGGCUCUGAUUCCAGAUCUUUUGGCGUCCUCCGGCGAUACACCCUUUACCAUUCACAACAUUCCCUUCGGCGUCAUCUCUUCCAACAGCCAGACAACCCCCAGGUGUGCAACUGCCAUUGGCGAAUACGCUAUCGACUUGGUUGCCUUUGCCGCCGAGGGUCGCCUUGGCCAUGUCCUGGGACCAGCUGCCGAGACCAUAUUUUCUCAGCCGUGCUUGAACACUUUUGCCGCGUUGGGCCGCGCGACCCGCCGCGCCGUCCGCGACGUUCUGAUCCAAAGCAUAAGAGCGAAUGAUGUCCCAUCACAAUGUCUAAUCCCACUGGCCAACAUCACCAUGCAUUUGCCGUUUCAGAUUGGGGGAUUCUCGGAUUUUUACUGCUCUCUGGAGCACGUGCAGAAUUGUUCGCCCAUGGCAGCUGGUGUGGCCAUCCCUGAUAACUGGUUCUACGCGCCCUCUGUGUAUAACUCACGGGUGUCUAGUGUCGUCCCGUCUCCGCAACCCAUCCGGAGACCCAGGGGCGUGUACUACGACGGCGACGGCAACCCCACAUAUGGCCCCUCGCGAGAAGUUGACUACGAGCUUGAGAUGGGCGUCUUUGUCUCGAAACCGGUCAAGCAUGGGGAGGAACUUGCCAUCGAACACGUUGAGGAGCACAUCUUUGGCUUCGUGCUGCUGAACGACUGGUCCUCGCGAGACCUUCAGAUCUUUGAGAUGAAGCCGCUUGGACCUUUCCACAGCAAGGGUUCGUCAUGUCCCAGACUGCUGCUUCAGAAGCAAAUUAUUGACUUGGCAAACCGCCUUCCAGGUUUCGGGACCUCAAUCUCGCCAUGGGUAAUCACCUUGGAGGCCCUAGAACCGUUCAGAUGCCCCCCAAAGACAACACAAAGCCCGGCCCCGUUUGAUCACCUCAAGUGGCCAGGAUCGAACGGAACAUUCGACGUUCAUCUCGAGGUUGACCUGAUUCGGAAGUUACGCUCUACAUCUCUCCAACGACAUUGA